UUGCGUGUUUUUGACGUCACAAGACAAGCACGUAUGUCAUGAAAAUAGGAACCCGAGAUCACAGCGUAUAAAUACGAAAUGCCAAAAUCUGUGAAACGAGAGCAGUCGGCGCAGUGAAAUUUAGACGCUCCUUGUUAGAAUUCGCGUUGGUUGAAAAUGGGAAAGCGAAAACACAGUACCGAUAGCGGAGAAGAAAGCGACGAUUCUUGUAAACGGCUGAAAAAAGAGGUACGAUUUGGGGAAGUCACAAUCUACCAUUUCCCCAGAAAGCAAGGUUUUGUUUCCGUGCCUUCGUCGGGAGGUACUACUUUGGGAAUGGCGAGAAAGCAUGUAUUGAUAGAGAAAAUCCAAGUCGAUUUUGAAGUGGACGGUGUUACAACAGGCGAUCGAAGACCCUUCGCACCCGUAGCGCAAAAGACAAGGAAAAAUAUUCUUAAAACUGCCGGCGUUCGCCGGAUUCUCAAGAAAGAAGAACAAGAUUGCGCUCAGCUGAGGUUAUCGCGAAUCAUUUGCGGUUGCAGCUGUGGGGAUAUUUGUUACCCGCAAACAUGUGAGUGUAUUUUAAGUGGGAUAGCCUGCCAAGUUGACUACGGCCGCUUUCCUUGUUCUUGUCAGGCAAAUGGCUGCCAAAACAAUCACGGACGAAAACAGUACAACCCAAGCGUCGUUGAAAAACAUUAUUUUGAAACAUUCUCCCGGCUAAAUGGGCAAACUACAAGCAAAACUGUUCUCCAGUACGUGGGAAUAGCGUAGUAAUAGGAGAAUUGAAAAUAUUAUUAUUUUGAAUUGUAUAUUUCUUGAUGCAUAUCGGGCUCAUUGAUAUGCUAAACAAAAGAGCGACAUUCUAAAGAACUUAAGGGGUUUAUUAAUACAUCUAUUGUGACUAUGUAUAGAAAUGUUCCUUUCUUUCCGUGGCCUCGGUUCUAUAGCAUGUUUUAAGUUAUUUAUGAAAAUUUGAUGCGAAUGAAUAUUAUUGUCUAAAUAAAACGAUCUCUUACUCAUA